GGAGGAGGGGAUAGAAAUGAGGCUGGGCCGAGAAGCUCACGCGCGCUCCCUCCCCUCCCGUCGCUGGGCACGCGCCGGGCCGUGCAGCUUUGCCGCGUCCGAGGGCAGCGCAGCAGCUGCAGCGGCCGCUGCGGGAGGGGCCCGGAGCCCCGCCCCCGGGGAGGGGCCUUCCGCAGGUCUCCCCUCUACCCUCCACGCUGGGGAUGAAAUUUAGCAACAAGAAGGAAGCAGUUCACGCGGCGUCAAUGGACUGAGACUAAACCAAGACUCGGGUAAAGCUACCUAUUGGAGGCCCUACAGCCCUAUCCCCAUCAGCCUGGUAAUCACCGGCAUCGCCUACCUCCCUCUGGGUUCCUGGGCCAGCAAGAUGCUGGAACGAGAUGCAGAGUCCGCGGCCGGGGACACCGAUCGUAGUCCCACUUGCAAGGAACCAGUAACCAAGGGAGGAGCUCCCCACCAGGGCUCGCCGCAGAAGCCCAGCAAGUCGGUUCCAGGGCCUGCCACGUCCGCGGGGGCGCCUUCUCGACCCCGCCGGCGGCCCCCGCCCCAGCGCCCGCACCGCUGCCCUGACUGUGACAAGGCCUUCUCGUACCCGUCCAAGCUGGCCACGCACCGGCUGGCACACGGCGGCGCCCGCCCCCAUCCGUGCCCCGAUUGCCCCAAGGCCUUCUCCUACCCCUCCAAGCUGGCAGCCCACCGCCUCACGCACAGUGGUGCCCGCCCACACCCGUGCCCGCACUGCCCAAAGGCCUUUGGCCACCGCUCCAAGCUGGCAGCCCACCUCUGGACCCACGCGCCCGCCCGCCCCUACCCGUGCCCCGACUGCCCCAAGUCCUUCUGCUACCCCUCCAAGCUGGCAGCCCACCGCCACACGCACCAUGCCACCGACGCCCGCCCCUAUCCUUGCCCGCACUGCCCCAAGGCUUUUUCAUUCCCCUCCAAACUGGCCGCCCAUCGCCUCUGUCACGACCCCCCGACGGCACCAGGCAGCCAGGCCACAGCCCGGCAUCGCUGCUCCAGCUGCGACCAGGCCUUUGGCCAAAGACGCCUCCUGCUCCUUCACCAGCGCAGCCACCACCAGGCUGAGAGCCAGGGGGAGCGUGAGUGAGUCUUCCCCUUGGCUCACGGCGUCCUCUGCCACCAGCCUGGGUCAAUAAAGAGGCGGCAUUUUUAAGCUGGGCUGUAUGGACUUGCCUUGACCAGACAGCUGGCAGGGAGACUGGCUCCACACUGGGCUCCAACUUAUAAGGCUGAGGAACUCUUUGCUCACUUGUUUUGGGGGAGGGGAAGGUGUCACCCACAGAAAGUUAGCGCUGGGCCCCAAACCAUGGGCUUGGAGCUGGGGUUUGAAAGCAAGCCCUGGCUCUGGUUUUUCCCUAUUUAUAAGGCAAAAGUAAAAAGUCUGCUAGCAUCGUUGGUUGCUGAGGAAUGUGGGGAACAGGGUCUCUCCUUAUUGUAAGUUAAAUUGGUGCCUCCAUCUUGGCCAUUUGACUGUCCAUAAAAAAUUUAAAAUGUUCA